UAAAUAAAAAUCUAUUUGAUUAGUGAAUAGUGUGAUUGGAUUAUCGUUGAAAUGACCACCGCGCCAGUGAAAAAGGUUCCCAUCCAUUUGCAGAGCUCCCAGAACCGGCUCCUCAUCAAGAAUGGCCGAGUUGUCAACGAAGAUGGAAUGGAAGACGCUGAUGUUUACAUCGAAGAUGGCAUCAUUAAACAAGUGGGACGUAACCUCAUCAUCCCUGGUGGUACACGAAUCAUCGACGCCACCGGUUUACUAGUAAUGCCAGGUGGUGUUGAUCCUCACACCCAUUUUGAGUUAGAGAUGAUGGGAGCAAAGACAGCUGAUGACUUUUACAAGGGAACUCGAGCGGCUAUAGCUGGUGGUACCACCACAAUCAUUGACUUUGCAUUGCCGGAAAAAGGACAAUCGCUGAUCGAAGCGUACAAUAAUUGGAGGGAAAAAGCUGACAAUAAGGUCUGCUGUGACUACGCUCUUCAUGUGGGCGUGACAUGGUGGUCACCAUCAGUCAAGAAGGAAAUGCAGCAGUUAGUAGCUGAACACGGUGUCAACUCGUUCAAAAUGUUCAUGGCCUAUAAAGAUGCGUGGAUGCUAAACGAUUACGAGCUGUGCCAAGUUAUGGAAACUUGUGCUGAAUUGAAGGCUUUGCCUAUGGUGCAUGCGGAAAAUGGCAGUAUCAUCGCUCGUAAUACCGAGAAACUCCUAGCCGCUGGAGUUACAGGACCAGAAGGACACGCACUGUCUAGGGACGAGGAAGUCGAAGCUGAGGCUGUGAACAGAGCUUGUGUCAUUGCUAACCAGAUGAAAGCACCCCUGUACAUAGUGCACGUAAUGUCAAAGAGCGCGGUCCAAGCUAUCCGGCUCGCGAGGACCAGACAGAAGCAGCCCAUUAUCGCUGAAACUCUCGCUGCUACCAUUGGCACUGAUGGCUCCCACUACGCCAACGCGUGCUACCGGCACGCGGCCGCGCACGUGCUGUCGCCCCCGCUGCGCGCGCCGCACACGCCCGAGGACAUCGUGGACGCGCUCGCCAGUAACGACCUGCAAAUAGUAGCCAGUGACAAUUGCACUUUCUAUGAAAAAGACAAGGAACUUGGAAAAAAUGAUUUCAGCAAGAUACCCAACGGUGUGAAUGGCGUCGAAGACCGCAUGGCAAUUCUUUGGCAGAAGGCUGUUAAUACUGGCGCGUUGGACCCGUGCCGCUUCGUGGCGGCCAGCAGCGCCCGCGCGGCGCGCGCCUUCCACCUGUGGCCGCGCAAGGGCCGCGUGGCGCCCGGCGCCGACGCCGACCUGGCGCUGUGGGCCCCGCGCGCCGCCCGGACCAUCUCCGCCACCACGCACCACCACGCCGUCGACUUCAACAUCUUCGAGGGUCAGCACGUGAUCGGCGGCCCGCAGUACGUGGUGGUGGGCGGCCGCGUGUGCCUCGACGAUGGCGAGCUGCGUGUCGUGGAGGGGCUCGGCAAGUUCCUCCCGACCCCCCCGAACGCCCCGCUGGUGUACGGCGAGCCCCCCGAGGCGCCGCCCCCCGCGCCCGACAGCGCCUCCCCGCGGCAGUCUCCCGCCCCCUACACCAACGGAACCCCCACUGAGCUGAGCAUCUCCCACAAGCAGCUGGAGGGCGUGUCCUGCUCGGGCGGCAGCACCCCCACUGGCAGGAAGAUGCGCGAGCCCGGGCAAAGGGAUUUGCAGAACUCCACCUUCUCCAUUAGCAAGGAACUCGAGGGGUUGGAUACAAAAACGUCGGUACGUGUUCGAAACCCGCCCGGUGGAAAAUCAUCCGGCCUGUGGUAAACCGGUUUGGACCGCAAUCACAACUGGAUUGAACCGGAUUCAACCGGAUCAGGGGAGAUCGCUUUGCAGUUGCGCUAGAUGAUGCUUGUUUGUGAAAAAAUAGAAUUGAUUAUUAGUGUGAAUGAAUGUUACAACAAUGCUGAAAAACGUGUUAGAUUGGUUUAUUAUUUAGGGAAUUUAAUUACAUAAAGUAUAUUUAUAUAUCUCCAUAAUAGUGAGUAAUUUGAUUACAUUUUGUUUUAUAAUCUGUAUUAGAUUUUACAGUGUUGCGUAUUUGUCAUAUUGAAGACAGAUUAAAAAUAAAAAGGGAUCAGAAGUUUAGACAAAACAGAUCUACUGUUGCUUCGGUUUUAAAAAUUCUAUUCGUGUCUUCUCAAAACGUUAGCAAGAAUCAUGUCGCAAAAGCAAUAAUUAUAACCUAAAAUAUAAUCACUAUAGAGUUACUAAAUAAAUAUUUAUUAUUUAUUUAUAGUGAUAAUAGUGAAAUAAUAGUUUUUAAUACCUCACGGCUGUUAAAGACCUCUUUUGAAUGGAUAUAUUAAUAAUUAAUUUAAAAAAAUAAUUGUUAAUAUAUUAAUUUUUUCACAAACAAAGCACAUACGUAUGUUUGAGCUUGAAGCGUUCAGGAACCAAUCUUAUAUGUUAUCUGUUAUCUACUAUAAUCAUAUAAUUUAUCAUAAAAUUACUUUAUUUUAAAUUAAUAAAGUAAAUUCAAGUUGA